UAUCCAACUCCGCACCCGUCGCGAACUGAAGCUGACGCUGACAUGCGCUCAUAAAGGCGAGUGUCCUCCUUGCUAUAAGCGGUGUUUUCGUCAGCACGGCCUCUCCUGUGUCGUACUUUGACUAUACAUCGCCCGUUCCUUAUUGUCUGCUCUUUAUAUCGCUCAUGUUCGCCAUGAUCGCGAUGCUGACGUCUGGCUCGAGCAUGAUACGUUGGCUGCACGCCGAUCGGCACUGGACUCAAGAACAACUCAAGCAAGGCGAUUACUUCGUCUUGUCCUACCUGUUGUCGAUAGUCACGCCUAUAGUCUUCAUUGUCUGCUCCCUGAAUUGCUUCAUAUUUGCGAUGUUGAUAGCAGGCUUUUCUUCCCAAAGCAGGAUCUGCCGCGCCGUCACUGCGCUCUGGCUGGUCGCAUACGCUGUCAAUGUUGGGACAAUUUUGAUGGAAGCUAUGUGGAAAUAUGCGACAAGCCUCAAUCACGCUGGAGAUCGCCAGUAGUUUCCAAUUUACUCCUUGUUUCAUCCGCGGUUUGUCUACGUUGUAUAUAACCUCCCUGAUGUGGCACACAAAUGUAUUCGGAUUGGAUGUAUGUAGUCUGUGGCUUUCGAUUAUGCAAAUCAAUUUGUCAAGACCGUUUCACAAC